GACCAGCGCCAGUGCCCAAGGGGAUUAUUGACUCAUUGACAUUAUUGACUCAAAGAUUUGGAAGGAGAGCAGGUGACAUGAAGAUGGCCACUCUGGCGACCUACUUUGGGAUUGGAAAGCAGAAUCAUAGGAGCUUGGAUGAUGUUCGCAUGAAUCUUGAAGUUCUCAAAUAUUGUGCAACCGUUUUGUUCUUGGUAUGCUAAUCAUACAGUUGUAGAAGCAAUGCCAUUUAUGUUGUUUUGAUUGAUGAGUCAAUGCUGUUCCUAAAUUUUAGAAUGCAAAUGAUGUGCCCAGUAUAAUCACAAAGUUUAUCCUUCUUGCACAAUGUUACAUGUUGACCAAACCAUACAUUCUUUUGGGGCUAUGUAGGUGAGCUUUAUGACAUUAGCAUAUCUCUUUCCUUCCUCUAUUUAACUCAUUUAUCAGAUCUGCUGGCAUAACCACGGUAUUAGUGGCCCAGUGUAGACAGUAGUUAAUUUCUGUUAUGCUAUAUCAUAUUAUAAGACCUUUUUCAUAAAUGAAGCCCACUUAUUGUGUAAGUUUUAAUACUUUUUGUCUGCUUUUCCUUGUCACUGGUAUGUCCUUUUGUUUCUAUAUAUACUAUUAUGCUAUGUUUGGUUCAUGGAAAUUUUGAAGGAAAGUAUAUGAGGAAAAA